AAACUUUCCCAGCAAUUUAGCUGACAGUGAAAGCAUGUAAUCUCUCAUCAUUAGGGUUUCUCUCUCUCUCUCUCUCUCUCUCUCUCUCUCUCUCUCUCUUCAUCUGGUGUUUAUAUAAACGCUUUUCUUUUCCGUUCUCCCAUUCCUUAGCCUUUCCCCCUUUUCCACCUCUCUAUUCACAACGCACACUCCUCGGGAUCAGAUCCGACAAUUAGACAAACAGGACAAACAUAACAGCUGGAGGGUUCAAGUCCCGAGGCCAUAUAUUCCUACUUUUACUCUUUUUGUCUAUGUUUUCUUGUUUUGGUGUUCGUCUGUUUUGCCAGCCUCCUCUUUUGUUUGCCCAAACCCUAGAAUUCAACUCAUCAGCACCUUUGGAGAAGAAGAAGAGGUUAUUUGCUUCUUGGUGAAGAUCUUGACUCCACCCAGAUCUGUUGCUAGCAAACCUCAGGAUCUUUUUUCUCCCCUCAUCUGUCUUGGAUUCUAGUUGGGGGGAAAACAAUGAACACAUUUUCACAUGUUCCUCCUGGUUUUCGUUUCCACCCAACUGAUGAAGAACUUGUUGAUUACUACCUUAGGAGAAAGGUUACUAGCAGAAGGAUUGACCUAGAUGUCAUUAAAGAUGUUGACCUCUAUAAAAUAGAGCCAUGGGAUCUCCAAGAGUUAUGCAGAAUAGGAACAGAAGAGCAAAACGAGUGGUAUUUUUUCAGCCACAAGGAUAAGAAAUAUCCGACGGGGACUCGAACGAAUAGGGCUACGACGGCAGGGUUUUGGAAAGCAACAGGGAGAGACAAGGCUAUUUACUCGAAGCAUGACUUGGUAGGGAUGAGGAAGACCUUGGUGUUUUACAAAGGCCGAGCCCCAAAUGGACUGAAAUCGGACUGGAUCAUGCACGAGUACCGGCUUGAAACCGAUGAAAACGGCACCCCUCAGGAAGAAGGUUGGGUGGUGUGUCGAGUGUUCAAGAAGCGACUACCGACGGUGAGAAGAAUGGGUGAACACGAUUCGCCGAUUUGGUACGACGAUCAAGUCUCAUUCAUGCCAGAUCUAGAGUCCCCAAAGGAAAACCCUAAUCCCAAUUAUUUGCCUAAUUACCACCACCCCCACAACUCUUAUGCUUGCAAGAAAGAGCUCGACUUUUCGUACCAAAAUCCCCCUCAUCACGGCCACUUCUUCCAGCUUCCGCUCUUAGACGGCCCGAAACUACUGCUCCAAACAAAUCCUAUGGCUGCGUUCGGACAACAAGAACAAAUUCAACAGGCCCAUAACCAAAACUUGAACUAUUACGGCGAUCAGGCGGUGGAUCAGGUGACGGACUGGCGGGUUCUCGACAAGUUUGUUGCCUCUCAGCUGAGUCAAGAAGAGGCGCCGAAAGAGAAUGACAACUCAAACAACGCGGAAAACUGCUUCUUCCAAACAUCAUCCGAUCAUGAGUUGAUCAACAAACAAGACCAGAUGGGCCCGGAGAAUGCGGCCUCGACAUCAAACUCCAGUUGUCAGAUGGAUCUGUGGAAGUGAAGAAGAAGAAGAACAAGUGCAUAGUAAACAACAAACAGUACAUACUUAUUAUAUCAUAGGGUGUCCAUUUAUAUUGGGAGAGAGAGUUGGGAAAUCAUGAUGCAGAUUCAUGUACAUAAUAAAACUAAAGCAAGGUAAUUAACCUUUAACUGUCUUAGUUAAUUAAGUUAAUAGUAGUAUCUGGUAAAGUACUCCCGACUCUUGAGCUCAUGAGUCUGAACGCUGGUGUAUCUAUGUAAUUCAGUAUUCAUAUUGUUUGUA